AUGGCCAUGCUGAGGUAUCCGUUGGAUCCAAUCUCAGAAGGCCUCUUGAAGGAACUCGUUUUGAAGGAUCUUGAUGAGAACACCUUUCUGUUGAAGGUGAUUCUUGAUGGAAAGAAGCUGGAUAGUGUUGGAUAUGGUAAGGGCGAUGGCACGGAUCGAGUUCGCUAUUGGAAGAAAGUCACGGUGAACCCCGCGGCGAUGUCCAUUUCUGUCGUCGACUAUGUCAAUGACGGCGAAAUGGGAGCAUGGAUCACCGAUGCCAAGGAAGAGGUGGUGUCAACUUGUUCGGUGAACUUUUUGGAGGACCCUGUCCAGAUUGAGUUCUGCCUUGACAAGGAUGGUGAAAGACUUGCAUCACCAGAACACAGAGAUGGCAUGUAUCCUUGGACGGAUGCGAUCGUGGCAAACAUCAUGAGCUUCAAGAAUGCCAAGGUGAAAGUGCGGCCCGAUGCUCCAUCGAUUAAAGAGAAAGGUCUCAAGAGUUUAGUCUCCGAGCCCAUGGACGAGCACGUGAGCUACGAGAGCUUCUUUGCCCAGCUGGUCACUUCUUCCAGAGAGGCCCUGUCAUCGGUGCCCGGCAAUGUCAUGGAGGAGUCGGCAGGCGAGAUGCGCUUCACCAACACAUCAGAAGGAGGGGAGGUGAGUACCAAUGUGGUGAAGUUCAAUGAGUCCACGGGAGAGUUUGUGGUGACCUUCUCCUCUCAGGGUAAGGUGCGUUCGGAAUUGCAUCGCGUCGUCCACCGCUCUCCGCUGGUCAUGGAGGGCUGGGACAUCGAUGCGGACGGCAACCGGCUCUCUGGCAUGGCCAAAGCCAAGGAGGUUCAAAAGAACAUCAACAACAUGAUUGACAAGGCCAACAGCUGGUUCUGA